GUUUCCCUCACUUCGAACGGAUAGUUGCCAGCGCGAUACUCAUCCAUUUGGACGACGCCUGCGGUUCAGCGACGUUUCGGAAAAAUGUCCAACAUCAUCGAGGCCGGAGGCGUAACCCCCACCCACGAGACCGGACUGCCGCUGCCAGAGGUGAUACCGAACGUGAAUGUGUACCAACAGAAGAAAACGCUCGCCCAGGGUAUGAUGGAUUUGGCACUGCUGUCGGCCAAUGCGAAUCAGCUCCGAUACGUGCUGGAAUCGUACGAACGGCACCCGUACUACAUCCUUAGCCUGGUCUCGAUCUCCGUCAGCCUGCUGGUCCAGGUCGCAGUGGGUGUUGGGCUCAUCAUGAACAGCCGCUACGAUGUGAACGAUCGGCACGAGAUAUGUAAGGCAAAUAAGAUCAAUAACCUCAUCACGAUCGGCAUCUUCGUGAUUACGCUUGUGAACGUGUUGAUUUCCGCGUUUGGAGUCGCUCCACGUGCAGCCAAAUAAAAGCACGCAGCUCAUAAAGCUCGUGCCUUGUAGAGUACCAUCUUUGGGGCGAAAUAGCUACGAUCGUAUCGAGAGAGUGAGACGGAGCGUGUGUUUUUGUGGGUGUGUGUAGGCAAUUCCUCCCACCGGUUGCAAGAGAAACGCAGUGCAGAAUGCACCGGACUGCAGGUGCAUCGAGAGUGUAUCCCUUCGCAAAAGGAAUAAGUGUCGUGGUUGGAUCGUUUUCCAAGAAUUUUACUAUUCGAUUUUACAGACCCCUUUAACGACGAUGUUUGACGAUGGUAGACAAAGCGCAACGUCUACCCUCUCGCUAGCGCCGUUUUUAUAACUAUCCCAUUUCGAACGAAAAUUUAAAUAAUGCACUUUAAUUGGUCGCUCGGGUUUUCCAACCCCCUAGCAGGAGUCGGACUCGGUGACGUUCGUAUCACGAUAUGCGUUCAUGCAACCAGGGGUGUAUGUUUUUGUUCGUUAUGCCCUGCCGAUUAGCAUUACUCCCAGAGAAUGUGAAUUUUUCAGGUUUAUUUUCAUGUUAGGUUUUUUUUUGCACGCUAGAGUUACGCGCCCGAUAAGCGAACCUUGGUACAUGGUAUUUUACGGGAGAUAAAAGAUAACUUUUUAGAUGAAAUUCUCCACUCGGUUGCUG